CACCAACCUGUGCCACAAGCGCCAAACAUCUCACUGGUUUUAUUUAUUAACUUAAAUUGGCGAGGUGUCACAUCGGAUAUGCUCUGGAGCCUGGUGGUCCUCGGCGGGGUGUGCGUCUGUCUUGUGGCGGCUGAGGGCAGUAGCCGCGGGGGAAGGACGGGGACUCUGCCCCGGCCUCAGCUGGAUGGGAGCCGGGGACAAGUGCGCGCACGCCCCAGGAGAGAGAGCAGCGGCGCUUCGGGCGCUUCCAAGCUUUCUCACGGUCCUGUCUUCACCUCCUGCCGGCUCCCCCUCACCCCGGACGAACACACAGUUCUGGAUGACAACACUCACGACACUGGGUUUAAUGGUGAUGAUGGCUCCUAUGUGAUUCUCACAUGGGUGGGCGAUGGUACAGGAGUGGUCCUGGUGCUGUCUACGAUCAGCGUUCCCAUCAACACUUAUCUAGACGGAGGCUCAUCACGACUUUACAGAAGUACGGAUUAUGGAAAGUCCUUCCACGACAUUUCCCAUCGCAUCAACAACACGUUCAUAAAGGAGGAGUUCGGAGUCAGCGUUGGACCAGGAAGCUCCGUGAUUUUGACCGCAGACACGCCGGUGGUGGACCACCCAGGAGGGAUCAUCUUCACCUCCACAGAUGCCGGAGCGACCUUCAAGUUCAUCCAACUGCCCUUCCACUUGGCUGAGCCAAUCACGUACCACUUCCUCAACCCUGACUACCUCGUGGCCCUCAGCAUCGACGGCAGAUUGUGGCUCUCGCUCGACUUUGGUGCCAAGUGGAAAAAAGUUCAUGAUGGAGUGCAUUCUUUCUCAUGGGGAGCUGGUGUCAACUUGUUCUUCAGUUGCACUCGAGUCGACACUGUUGAGGCAGACGAGCGGGGAGACUUAGUGCUGAAGAGGACGAAGGAUCUGGGGGAGACCUUCACCACCAUCCACGAGGACAUCUUCAGUUUUGGCUACAUCGGAGCUUUUCUCUUCUUCUCUGUGAUGGAGGAUGCGAGGUCCCCCCGUGUCAUGUACUUCUCAUCAGACCAAGGAGAUACCUUCAGUCGAGCACUUCUGCCUUCUGCUUCCACUGAGCAGUUCUACUCGAUCCUGGACGGAGAUGUGGAUAUGCUCUUCAUGCAUGUGGACAACCCAGGAGACACCUUCUUUGGGACCAUGUACACGUCGGACGACCGCGGCAUCUUGUUCUCCAAGUCGCUGGAGCGCCACCUGUUUGACGGGCACAGGAAGAGCGACUUCACCAACAUCACCUCCCUGAGAGGAGUGUACCUCACCAAUAAACUAGACGAGGAUGGCCGUAUACGAUCCGUCAUUUCCUUCAACAGAGGAGGGACCUGGCGACAACUCAACAAACCGGAGAACGUGAACUGUAGCGAGCAAACUAAGAAAUGCAACCUGCAUAUUCACGGAGAACACAGUCGGAACAACCAGAUAGUUCCCAUGCUCGCUCUGUCGGAGCCCACGGCCAUCGGUCUGGUCAUCGCUCAUGGCACAGUGGGUGAUUCUCUGUCAUCGUCCCAGCAUCCAGAUGUGUUUGUUUCCUCAGACGGGGGCUACAACUGGAGGGGGACACUGAGGGGCCCUCACCACUACAGCAUACUGGACUCUGGGGGUCUCAUUGUGGCCGUGGAGGCCCAGCGCAAGGGACAAGUCAAGACGAUCAAGUUCUCCACGGACGAGGGCCAGUGCUGGAAGUCGUACAACUUCACGGAUCAGCCCUUCUUCUUCGCAGGCCUGGCGUCCGAGCCGGGCACCAAGGCCAUGAAUGUCAGCGUGUGGGGUUUCCGGCCCGAGGACGACGGCCAGCCCAUGUGGGUGGCCGUCACCAUUGAUUUCCAGAGUGUCAUUACCAGAGCGUGUAACAAUCACGACUAUGAAGAGUGGCUUGCUCAUUCUGCAGGGGGCGGGGCCUCGGAGAGAAGCGCCUGCGUCCUGGGGGUCAAGGAGACGUACCGGAGGCUAAAGAAACAAUCUGUGUGCCGAAACGGGAAAAGCUUUGUAGUGAGCAAGAAGCAGAGCCCCUGUCUGUGCACCAGACACGAUUACUUAUGUGACUACGGCUACUAUCGUCACCCGAAGACUUCGGAGUGUUUGCGACAACCCGACGCUGCGAAUAAAACUUUGGAGAUGUGUCUGAACGGAGAGGAGGAUGAGCUGCUGACGGCCGGGUAUCGCAAGGUCCCGAGCAACAAGUGUGAGGGUGGCUUCACGCCUCAUCUCGCCGUGCAAACACUCAUCAGACCCUGCGGCGUUAAACCCAGCCCCGGCCCGCCCGCCGUGUCAGUGCCUCCAGGGCCAGUCUUCGACACACCGCGAGAGAAGUUGGUGUUGAUCCUGGUGUGUGUAGGGGCAGGGGUCAUCGUCCUGGUGGCUGUCGCUUCCGCUCUACUUGCUGUCAAGCGAGUGGUUUAUAGGACAAGGACACCUGUGUAUCGCUUCUCCAACCUCCAGCUGCAGGACGAUGAGAUCUGCGUCACGCCUGAUCUUGAAAGCGCCACCAGCAGCAACGGCACCGUCUGCCAUCAUGACUCAGACGACGAUCUUAUCCAAUGACACAUCUUAACGGACAGAUCCACUUUGGAAACCAGCUGUGCUGAAAAAGACUGUCGACUGCAUUGUGUUGGAUUAACGCCUCAUGUUUGGACAGGAGCGACCUUUGUGCCAAGCUCUGGGGAUUUUUA